ACAAAUAAUCGCAAAGAAGAUGGCGUGACGCACACGUUAUAUGCAUUUUCGCGUUGGAAUUAUGAUAAAUAAAAUUCAGGAAGAUCGUGCCGAUAAGUAUUUGCAAAAAACGCGUAUUGUGAUAAGAACGUACAGUUACAGAAUUUCUUGGAUUGCUGAGAUAUAAAACGAAGAAAGGAGUAUGACUCAACGUUUAUAUCGGAAUCAUUGAAAAAAGUUUACAGAAAAAAGUUUACAGAUAAAAUGACAGAAAAUAGAUCAAUCGAAGAGGCUGUAAGAGAUACUUGUAAUCCAACAAUGGCACAUGUAUCAAAUUCAAUUGAAAAUAGACAAAUUGAAGAAUUGUCCAAUAAUAUUCGGUACACAUUCUCAAACAUAAGUCCAGAAACGUUUAAUUUAGGUGUCAGACCGACAGAACGUUCUAGAAUAUUUGCAAAUAAUAUCUCCUCUACCAUCGAAGGAAUUUGUCCUCUCAUACAACAAGCUGCGCCAAACAUAUCGUUGACGUCACUCUUGACUCUUCAACAUCAGGUGCAGCCAAUUACAUUACCAAAUGACAGUUAUGUAAUUAAUCUUGAAGAACCUUCGACAAAUACUGCAAGUUCUCAUAAUGAAUCCUCACAUAACAAUCAUCAUCAUCACCAUAUAACAACAAUAUCGAAUGAUGUCUCCAACAAUAUGCAGGAAACUGAAAACGAAAUUGAAAAUCAGAAUAAUAAUAGUGAUGCCUCAGAAAAUACUAUUAUCGACAACAAUGGACAGAUAAGUCCGGAAGCUCGGACAUUACUGAAACAACUCCAACAAUAUGUUCCAUUUGUCACCAUUCUUUUCGCAAAGAGUCUUUAUGAUCACAGGACUAGGAUACUCAUGUAUAUUGUACUACUUGUCACGUUUAUUCACGCUAAUAACGAUCUCAAGCGUGAAAUUACCAAACAGCAUAAUCGAAAUUGGUCGUUGCUCAUGUUGAUCGUUGGUUAUAUCACUGCUUGCAUUGUGUUCGUCAGCUAUACGUUUGACUUACAUAUACUUGCGCCCUAUGCCGAACCGUUGACACUUUGGGAUUUGCUCUGUUACGUCAUAGUAAUGGACUUCUUCCUUAAGCUCAUCACCAUCAUUUGCAAAGUUCUCUUGACUUGUCUACCUGUACGAUUACUGGCAUUUCAAAAUCGAGGAAAGUAUUACCUUAUGGUGGAAGCAACGUCACAACUUUAUCGAUGUGCCGCUCCCAUUCAGCCCUGGUUGUACUAUCUGUUCGAGACGUACCAAGGUCCAGAGAAAAUUGUAGGGAUUUUCUUCUCAGUAAUGUAUAGUAUGAGUAAAGGCAGCGAUCUAUUGGGUCGACUCAAAUUGUUUCGCACUGCUAUAUGCAAACUGUUUCGAAAUGAGAAUUUUGGGGUAUCUCCGUCAAUAGAACAAUUGAUUGCGUCCGGUGGUAUAUGUGCCAUUUGUCAUGAAGAAUACACCACGCCAGUUAGGCUUCAUUGCAAGCAUAUUUUUUGUGAGCUAUGUGUCUUGACAUGGCUAGAUAGAGAGCGAUCGUGUCCGCUAUGUCGUGCGUCCAUCACAGAUGAUCCAAUUUAUCGAGACGGUCAUACGACACACUUUAUUCAAUUGUAUUAACACCUUUUUUAAAAAAUAGAAACUUUUUACACAGUCAUUUUUUAAUACUAAGCAAAGAUAUAAGAGUUUCUGUUAAUAACAGGUAUUCUCUAUUAUCAAUAUCAAAUAAUUUUAAGAUUUUUAUAUCUUUCGAUUUAUGAAUUUUAUAAAUAAUAUACUGAAAUUAUAAAUAACAUAGAUGCUAAACUUUUUAAUAAAAUUAAUUGAUAAGAUUUAGAUUGAGGGGUUAUAUAUGUUAGAACAUAUGUAAAAUGUUUGUACAUAAAUAGGCCAUGUGUAUAGAAACAUUAGAAUAUAAGUCAGAAAAUAAUGGUAAGAGAUUAUAAUGAAACAAAAAGGUCAAGAGGACCAGAAGAAUUCAUUGCAUUAAUUCAGAAGAAUUCAUUGCAUUAAUUCUGUUAUUACAACAAGAAUAAUAAAUUUCGUAUAGUAAAAGCA